GUGACACAUGUAUUGAGGGUUGCCCACACCUGAGCGGAGGUACCAGAGCAGCUCAGACAUGAGGACGCACAAGCUUUUAUCUAUAACUCUGCUGGGCCUGCUGCUGUGGGCCUCCUGCACCCAGGCCAGCGACCCCGACGACAAAGACACCGAAUCACAGGAGGAGACGUCUAAGGAGGAAAAGACAGAGGAAACCAAAGAGCCUCCGAAGAAAGAGAAAACGACAGAGAUAGAGGAGGAGAAAGAUGUCAUGAUUCUCCACAUCUACAACUUUGAGAGAGCUCUCAGCGAGAAUCAGUAUUUACUGGUCGAAUUCUAUGCUCCCUGGUGCGGCCACUGCAGACAGCUGGCGCCGCUGUACGCCGAGGCAGCCGGGAAGCUGAAGGAGGAGAAAGCAGUGGGGCGUCUGGCCAAAGUGGACGCCACCGAGGAGAAGGAGCUGGCGGAGGAGUUUGAAGUCGGAGGCUACCCCACUCUGAAACUGUUCAUCAAAGGAGACCGCAAGAAUCCCAUCGAGUACACCGGUAAAAGGUCAGUGGAUGGAAUAAUCCAGUGGAUGCAGCGUCGUGCCGGCCCUGGAGCUCCAGUCCUCGACUCUGUAGACUCUGCAGCUCAGUUCAUCGACGCCCAUAACAUCACUGUUGUUGGAUUCUUCAAAAGUGUUGAAAGUGAAGCAGCCAAGGUGUUGAAGGAAGCUUACUUCGACAUGACUGACACGGAGUUGGCUGUUACAGAGACUCCUGAAGUUUUUCAGAAAUAUGAGGUGAAAGCCGACACGGUGGUGCUUUUCAAAAAGUUCGAUGACGGCCGAGCGGAAUUUGUGUUGUCAGAAGACGGGAAGCUGGACAAAACUAAUCUGACAAACUUCAUCAAGAAAAACAGCCUGGAGCUGAUCAUCCCGUUCAGUCAGGAGUCGGCAGACAAGAUCUUCACCUCUGACGUCCGCCUGCACAGCCUGCUGUUCAUCAACUCCACUGUGAAGAGUCAGACGAGCCUGGUGGACGAGGCCAGGGUUGUUGCCAAAGACUUCAAGGGCAAGAUGUUGUUUAUUGUGAUUGACGUGACAGCAGCCCUGACACACGUGCUGAAAUACUUCGGUGUGUCCGAGGACGACGCCCCGACUGCGCGCAUCAUCAAUAUGGAUUCAGGGAAGAAGUUCAACAUUGUCUCCAAGGACUUAACGGUAGAUUCACUGCGACAGCUGUGCCAGGAGGUCGUGGAUGGCACUGCCAAGCCCUACUAUCGGUCUGAGGACGUCCCUGAGGACUGGGACAAAAACCCAGUUAAAAUCCUGGUGGGAAAGAACUUUGAGUCCGUUGCUUUGGACCAGAAGAAAAACGUUUUUGUGGAGUUUUACGCUCCGUGGUGCGGACACUGCAAGGAGCUGGCUCCCGUCUGGGACCAGCUGGGGGAGAAAUAUGCCGACCACGACGACAUCAUCAUAGCCAAGAUGGACGCCACAGCCAACGAAGCGGAGUCCGUUGAGGUCGAUGGAUUUCCAACCAUCAAAUAUUUUCCAGCCGGUGGCAAAGAGCCCAUCACCUACACUGGUAAGAGAGAUCUGGAGACGUUUAUAAAGUUCCUGGACAACGGAGGAGUGUUGCCCAAGGAGAGUGAAGAGGAGGAUGAUGAUGAUGAUGAUGAUGAUGAUGAAGAUGGAGACGGAGACGACGCCAAUGAUGAUAGCAAGGAGGCUGAUGAGUCUGCAGAGGUACCGAGCAACGAGACAUCCAAGGAUGAGCUGUAAUGUCCCUCACCGGCCAAUCAGGAUCAAUUUAGCUUCACUCAUUUUUUUCUUAAUAAAAGUACCACACGUUUAA